AUGGGACCUCCGCAACAAGUAAAGGGCAAAGGAGCAAAAGAAGAGGGAAAGGAUGUGGGAAAUUAUGACAAAUGGAGUAAUGAAGAGAGAAAUCAGUUACUGCAAGUCUUAGUUGAUGCUGCCAAACGUGGUUGGCGCGAUCCUCAAAGUGGUUUGAUAGACAAAAAAACAGUUGAGAGCAAAAUACUUCCAUCUUUUAAUAAAAAAAAACUAGGGUGUGAAAAGACUUAUAAACAUUACACUCAUCAGGUGAAAUGGUUUAAGAAACAAUACUCUAUGUAUUCUGAGCUUAUGUGUCAUAGCUCCGGCUUUAGGUGGGACCCCAUCAUGAAGAGAAUCACUGCUAGUGAUGAAGUAUGGGAAGAUUACUUCAAGGCACACCAAAAAAAUAGAAGCCUUCGCAACCAGACUUUCAUAGACUAUGAGGAUUUGAAAAUUGCAGUGGGAAACAGAAUUGCAACAGGAAAGUUUUCAAUUAGCCUGGGCGAUGAUACUGAUGCAACCACAUACAUGGUUGAGGAAAGUGAAAGUGGUGCUUUGAAUGACUUGGUCUACAACAAAAAUUCUGAUGCAUUCAUACCAGCAGGGGAUGAAUCAUCAUUCCAAGGUUAUUCACCACCGCCAUCAUUCUUACCUUUUGAGGGCACGAAUGUUGGAGUUCUUAAUAACAAUGUGAAAACAAAUACUAGAAGUAGUGCAACUGGAAAACGCAACAGGAAUGAGUUUGAGAGAAAUAAUAGCUUGACUGAUGAUAUUUCUGAAGCUGAUGUUAGGAAAAGCAUUGGUUCCAUUGCCACCAAUUUCAACAAAAUGUAUAGCCUAAUGGAGAAAAGAGAAUCAAGGGAUACAGAAUGCUAG